CAAUGAGGAGACAGUCCCCUCAUUACUGUAAAGUAUAUAUGUUUUGUUUGCAAACGUUUUGUUGUCAUUUCGGUAGUUAUGUCCAGACAUUCACCGAUUAGAGACACUGACCGACACCACUAUCACUCGUAUGACUCAGAAUCACAUCGUCAUCGAAGAAGACGUGAACCCUCACCUGAUUAUCACAAAAAUCACAAUUCAGACAAAUAUCGUCAUAAAUACAAUGAUAAUCACAUUAAUGAGGACUUUUGGACCACAAGAAGACUCAAAAGAGAAUCGAUUGGCGAAUCCGGAGUUAUCAGUGUUUGGGGACAUUUGUCUUCAAGACAUGAAGACAUUGAUGACUCUGAUAUGUCUACUGAUGGCAAAGUAGUAGGUAAACGACGAAGUGUGUCGACAUCGGAGUCAGAUUCAACUGAUGGACUAAAAGAUAAGAAAAAUAAGAAACACAAGAAGAGCAGUAAAAAGUCGAAAAAAGAUAAGACAUCGCAUAAGAAGCACAAACAUAGAAAGUCAAGAAACAAGGAAAGGAAAAGAAGUAACUCAAGAGACAGAUAUAAAAAAGACAAGAAUGUGAUUACAAAUGAAUACAACAGAUAUAACAAUGAAGAAGAAGAGAAAUUUAUCAAAGAAUUAAAUGAAAAGAAGAAAAGAAUGGAAAUGGAUGAAGAAGAAGACGAUAUGGUUGGACCACAGCCCAAGUCAGCGGUUCAGUUGAACCAAAAAGAUUUUGGUAGAGCUCUAUUGCCCGGUGAAGGAGCGGCAAUGGCCGCCUUCAUUGCUGAAGGAAAACGUAUUCCCAGAAGAGGUGAAAUUGGUCUGACAUCUGAAGAAAUUGACUCAUUUGAAAAUGUUGGAUAUGUUAUGUCUGGUAGUCGUCACCGACGUAUGGAAGCGGUUCGUCUCAGGAAAGAGAAUCAGAUUUAUUCGGCGGACGAGAAGAGAGCAUUGGCUCUGUUUAACAAAGAAGAGCGAACCAUACGAGAGACCAAAAUAUUGUCUCAAUUUAAAGAUAUGAUUAGAGCUAAACAAGAGGAACACCAAACUAAACAUUAA